GGAGGAGGGGGAUGAUCAGGAGGGGCACCAUCAGAAGGACGAGAGGCGGAGGCGAAGGUGGACAAAGCGCAUGUGAACCCAAGGCGCUUCCGCGAUGCACCUCCCGUGCAGAUGCCCUUCUCAGCAGUCCCCGGGAAGCUUCGAUGCCACCUCGAAGCGCCCUGUCUGCAGCGAGGCGGCCCUCCCUCGCGUCUCGCGGCCGUGGAGCGGUUCUCCUCGAGGGACGGGCGCCCCGUGGGCCCGCCUCUCGGCGCCGAGGGUCCCGUCUUGGAAGGAGCCUCUUUGCAUCGUGCUCGCGACUCCUCCCCAUCCUCCUCCUGGCAUGCCACAAGGUGGGGCAACACACCACAACGAGUGUACAAAGAAGAGUUGUGCUACAAACAACUCGUGGCACAAAGCCUUCCCGCAAAGAGCACGAGAGCCGUCGAUCGUCCACCACAGCCAACUCCAAACGAGGAGGCCACGAGGCGCCAAAUGCGUGUCGACAACUCUUCUGAAACAAAAAGAUGAGAUCGAAAAAAUGCAUGGGCGCAGCAUGCCGAAAAAUUGCGGGCUGAGCAGCGAGGAGGAGGAGGAGGAGGAGGAGGAGGAGGAGGGGGAGGGGAGGAAGAGGACGAGGCGGAGGGCGGCCUCGGCAAAAUCCGGGUUGCGACACUUCAGCCGCUUUUCCCAGGGCGGGCUGGUUACGACAGAAUUCGCCUAUUCUGCUGAACUGGAGGAGGAGGAGGAGGAGGAGGAGGAGGAGGAGGAGGGAGGAGGAGAGGAAGCCUGGAGCAAUCGAAGAAAGGGGAGCUGGCAAGGUCGGACGACCAUCACACGGACGUCCGGCCACUGUGCGGACGUUCGGCUAGCAUAGUAACACCCACGUCAGCACCGACACUGACGCCUACGUCGGCGCUUGCGCCGCCAGCAGCUUUGUUGGGACCGGCGUCGUCGCCCAGGAGCUGCGUCGACGGCAGGGUCACCUGCGGCUACCUCCACGACCUCGUGUUGCUGGCUCACUGGGGCACGGCCGUGCGCGGCGUGCGCUGAUGGCGCGGCGCGCGCGCGUGCACCCCUCCCCUCGGCUGCCCAAGACGUUGGCGAGCCGCGCGCACUUCUGUUUCUCUUCUGUCGGGAAUCUACUGGCCCCGGUCAUCUAAACCCAGGUCAGUCGGGCUGUGCAGGAUCCUGCAAGAUCAUGC